AUGACUGGCAGCUCUCAAUUCUCGUGCGGGUCUAUUGUUAUGCCAGCCUUGGCUAUUCUGAGUCCUGGUAGGACUGGGGUGGGCGUAACACUUGGGUGUAUACUAGCAAGUCCUUCAAAGGCUGGUGGUGCUACGUCGAGGCUUACUAGAGUAGGUAUGAAAGUACGGUUUAGUGUACUUUGCGGCUCCAUACUAAAGAUAGACAGCGGUAAUAAUACCGAAGGUGCCUGGCUGCCAGAGCGCAACAUGGCAAGGAGUCAAGAUUUGCGCAGCAUUCAAAAUCCCGUAUUCGAAUCUCAGCCUUACCAGAUGGUGUAG